CCAAUAUUUUGUACCUAUUGAAAACGGCCAAAAAUUGGAGCUGCCAACUCCGCUCCAAACGGCCAAUGACAACUCUGAACCGUAGCGUAGAAAAUAUCGAUGGCAAAGCAAACAAAGCUUGUUCGGCUUACGAAACUCUCCUAAAUUCCAGUGUCGACGAGAGAAUAGGCUACAUUUUGAGAGUUUCCUAGAAAACGGCCCCCAGUCAAUAUUGUUCUGCCCGCUGUCUAAAAGUCCGAAACUGGAAAGCGACCCCGCACUUGAACCCUCCAAGGCAUAUGUAGACGGACGGGGGGGCACAAGCGUACCACCCGGCCAACAUUAACAUCUUCCUUGAGUCCAUCAGCCAGCUGGCGGCCCUUGCGACCAGCAGCGCCACGAUGCAGCUGCUCAUUUCGUCCGUUUGCAUGGCGCUGACCAGCGCGGUGAUCGGAAAUGCCUACUACCAAAAGCAGCAGUUCUAUCCGGCUGUUGUCUACAUAACCAAGUCAAACGCCUCUAUGGCGGUCAUCUACAUAAUGUUCUUUGUGAUUGUCUUUAUGUUUGGAAAGCUACUGCGCAAGAUUUUUUUGGGAACCCUGCGCGCCGCUGAAUUCGAGCAUCUGUUGGAGCGCUUUUGGUAUGCUCUCACAGAGACCUGUCUAGCCUUUACUGUUUUUCGGGACGACUUCAAUCCGCGAUUUGUGGCACUAUUUACGGUGUUGCUAUUUCUCAAAUCAUUCCAUUGGCUGGCUGAGGAACGUGUGGAUUUUAUGGAACGUUCUCCGGUACUUGGCUGGCUCUUCCACAUCCGCGUUGGAAGCCUCCUUACGAUGCUGGGCAUCUUCGACUACCUUCUACUAAUGCACGCCUACAAUUCGUCCUUGGUUCGCGGGCCCAGUGUACAGCUAGUGUUUGGCUUUGAAUAUGCCAUCUUGCUGACCGUGAUUGCCAGCACAGCCAUAAAGUAUGUCCUACAUGCCGCCGAGAUGCGUACCGAUACACCAUGGGAAAACAAGGCAGUUUUCCUGCUCUAUACAGAGCUUGUGAUUGGUCUUAUUAAGGUUGUGCUCUAUCUGCUUUUCGUCGUAAUUAUGGCAAGGAUCUAUGCCCUACCCAUGUUCGUAUUCCGGCCCAUGUUCUUUACCAUACGUAACUUCCGAAAAGCACUGAAUGAUGUCAUUAUGUCACGUCGCGCCAUCCGCAAUAUGAAUACCCUGUAUCCGGACGCCACACCCGAGGAACUACGCCAAUCUGACAACAUCUGCAUCAUCUGCCGCGAGGACAUGAUAAAUCACUCAAAGAAGCUGCCUUGCGGUCACAUCUUCCACACCACAUGCCUCCGCUCCUGGUUUCAGCGCCAGCAGACCUGUCCCACCUGUCGCCUUAACAUCUUGCGCACAGCGGCCGUUAAUUCCACAGCCAUGCCCCGAGCUGGGGAAGAUGCUGCCGCUGCUGCUGGGGGAAAUCCAGCACCUGCCGCCGGUGGUGCUCAACCAGCGCCUGCACCAGCUUCUCAGACUCCAGUUGCCGACGGGAACCAGGGGCGCGGUAAUGGCCCAGUCGCUGGAGUAAACGCACCUCCGCCUACCUUUGCUGAAAUCUUCGGAGAAGCCAAUGGGCUGCCUAAUGGAUUGCCAAAUCUUGCUGGACUCCCAAUGGUGCCUCCUCCAAUGGCACCGGUCAUGCCCAUGAUGUCGCCCUUUAUGAUGCCACCAACUGCUUUUGCCUACUUCACACCCCCAUUUGUUCCGCCACCGCCCAUGCCCUUGGACUUGGCCAAGUUCACCGAUGAAGAACUACGCGCCUUGGAAGGACAACAGCGUGAAAACAUCGAGCAGCGUCUUAAGUUGCUGCAAAACAUAAAUCUCUUGCUGGAUUCAGCGGGAGUUAUGAUGACUCAGUACCAGAAUUUGGCAGCGCGUUUGCAACAUCCUGUCGCCCCGCCAACAUCCGUGACUUCAGGGGCUAGUUCAAACCACGAGCAAGCUGCUGCUGGACCAGCCGUUUAUGACAAGCCUAGCACCUCGGCUACAGCUAGAGCCCAGCUCGAGACUCAUCAAAUUAAUUCCACACCUGUGUCCACAGUAGCUGGAGCAGAAAAGGUAACCAUUGAGGAUUUGGGGGCGGAUGAGGAUGAAGAGCCGUCGACGGCCACAGAGACAGUGAGUCUGGCCAUUUCCGAAGCGGACGUCGAUGAAAACUCUUCAGAGCUCUGCGAGCUAAGGAAGCGCCGAUUGAAGUUCCUUGAAGAACGAAACAAUUCAAGCGGUAGCGAGCGAACGACAGCUGAAUAGGUGUCCCAGGAAAUUGAAGGCCACUCCAAACAACAGCAGCAAAAUCCUCCAUCCCUCCAAAACAAAAAAAAAAAAAUAACGAAAAUGAAACCAAAAUUCCUUUCGUUCAUCACAUUUUUUACUGUCUGGAUGGUAUAGAUUUUAAUUUAAACUUCGGCUCUUUCUCCGCUGCCUUCUAUCCUUGAUUUUGUUAUUUUCUAUUUUACUAUACGAAAAUAUAACGACGAUGACCACAAAGACGACUAAGAUGCGGCCUCAAAUCUCACACACACUGAAACACGAACGUGAAAAACGUCGUGUGGUACGUAGGAUCUGAAUGUGAACGUAGAGCGGCAUCCAAAUUCAAUAUGUAGCAAUAUAUAUUGUGUAAAAACUAUUUUAGAGAUGGGAAACUGAUGAUUUGUAUUUAAUAUUACUAUAUGUGUAUAAUUGAAAUAUAAUGUGAAAUAUAAUUAAAACAAAAAGAACGAUGAA